AUGAUCAUCCUAGCAAAGGCACUGCACUUCCUGUCGUCCCAGAAUGAGAGAAACGUAAAGGUCCAUCGUAUGAAAAUUCCAGACAUAAUCAAGCUACUCAACAGACAUAAAGAAAUAAAGCAAGAUGACCUGGACAACAUAAACAUACAAAUCAUUAACACCCUAAAUGAUAUCAACCCGAACAAAAUUAUAAACAACAUAGUAAAAAAUAAUGUGAGAAAAAAGGACGAUUUAAAGUCGUUAAAAAAAAAAAUUUACUUUAACCAUUUGUUACUCAAAACAGGGGCCGAAAGGGGCAACUUCUUCAAAGCGUACGAAUGGAGGGAAGAGACGAGCGGAACUGGCGCCCCACAAAAUGAGGACACAACGGAAGAUGGCGAAGUUAGCCAGGUUGGCAGUGUGCAUAAAAAUAUAUAUGGAAGGAAUAGGAGGAAGGUGAAAAUAACCAUAGGGUCCCAAAGCAGCAACAGUGAAAAAAACACACAGGGUAACGAAAAAGGAGAGUUGAACAUGCAGCUGCUUUGCGAUCUGCCCAAUGGGGAAGAUCAAAAGGGAAGAAAAAAAUUUACCUUUUUCGAAUUAGCAAAUAAUUACUCCAACUUCAUCCUGGAUAAUAUUUUGAGACACGUUUGCUCAUAUAUUUAUAACUACAAAGUAUUAAACAAAAUAAAUCAGGAAGAGAACAAGGGGCACGAACUCGUUUCGCUCUUUCUAAUGUCCAGCAUAUUUCACCACUUCUUCGAGUUAAAAUUUGGGUAUUCCCACAUGGUGCAUUUUCUUAAUGGGCUAAAGUUAUACAAAAUCAAGGAACGAAUAAAUGUCGACCAGGUGGACUUCGACUUGAUUGACGGGUAUGUUACUGCAGUAGAGGACAGGGGGAGUAUGCCCCCCGAGGGGGAAGGAAACCCCGUUUUGGAAAAGGUUUACGACGUGUCUUUCAUUAUAGACUACCUGAGCGAGCAUGCAAACAGGAACAAUAGCCAAAUAGGCAAGAAGAACAACUGCUGCACGCACACAUUUGAAGAUGCGAAAAAAAGGCAAACAUACGUACUUAACGUGAAGGACAAAAUUUUACUAAGUUACAGCGUAGACGAGUCUUAUUUAAACCACUUUUUACAAAUUUUGCAAAAUAAGUACAACACUGAAAUGAUCAGUUUUUCAAGUUACUGUCUGUUGGUCCAUAUGUAUAGCAUGUCCAACCAUUUCGUAGUGAACAUGUUUUCCUCUCUUCCUCUCUCAUUUCUGAAGAAUAAAAUGGACACAAAUAUGAGCAAUUUAAUCAUUCUCUUAAAUUCGUGCAUUUUUUUCUUAAGAGGAAAGUCAUUUUUAAGUACGUUCAACGCGUUUCACAUUCACGUAGUUUCAGCAAAUGAGGGAAAAUUAAUUGGGGACAAGGAUUAUGUGGACAACGUGAAGGAAAAAAUGUACGCGUUGACAGAGCAGCUAAUAAAUUACAUUUUUCAGAACAAAGGAACACUCAAUAAUAAUCAUUUGUUGCAAUUAUUUGAGAUUCUCUCUUUUGUAAAAUAUAACAAAUCGCUCUUCAGUUACAUUUUUAAUAAAAUGAACGGAAGUCUUUGCUUGCUGGACAAAUAUCAAAUUUUUUAUUUUUUAAAUUCCCUGUCAAAUUACGACAUUGUGUGCAACGGCGCAAAAAGGGACAUCUCCAUGCACACGUUUAAACAACUGGAGCAGUAUUUACCCAAGGAGAGGCAGCGCUUGGAGGCGUAUCUCCAAGCGCAGCAUUAG